AUCACUAAGCGGAAGUGAAGGCCGGGGCCUGUGUUGAGAGUUGAGUAGUUGAUGUGAGCUGCGAUAGAGAAAAAAGUCGUCUGUCGUAUUUGUGGAGAGUAUAGCUACGAAGAAAAGGGACAUUUGUCGUUAACGGCGCCCUCUUCCUCCGGCCCCCUCGCUGCCAGGCCUUGACUCAUCCACCCUUGCUCACCUUCGCCUGGCUCGUCUCAGCUCCAGCCCUCUGCUCAGCUGCAGUCCCCACCUCUACGCCCCACACGCCAGCCCACCUAGAGCGGCCUCGUCCUUCACCCAGUGCCUCUCUCCCCCCCCAGCGAAGCUCCGCUCCACAGCAUGGCAGGUCGAGGAGGACCAGCGCGGACCAAUGGCGCAGCGGCCAGCAACAAAAUCUGCCAGUUUAAGCUAGUGCUGCUGGGAGAGUCGGCGGUGGGCAAGUCCAGCUUGGUGCUGCGCUUCGUGAAGGGCCAGUUCCACGAGUACCAGGAGAGCACCAUCGGAGCGGCUUUUCUCACACAGACUGUCUGCUUGGACGACACAACAGUGAAGUUUGAGAUUUGGGACACAGCAGGUCAAGAGCGGUAUCACAGCCUGGCCCCAAUGUACUACAGAGGAGCACAGGCAGCCAUAGUGGUCUACGACAUCACCAACACAGAUACAUUCACACGUGCAAAGAACUGGGUGAAGGAGCUCCAGCGACAAGCAAGCCCUAACAUUGUCAUUGCCCUGGCCGGGAACAAAGCUGACCUGGCCAACAAAAGAGCUGUGGACUUCCAGGAAGCACAAGCAUAUGCAGAUGACAAUAGUUUGCUGUUCAUGGAGACCUCUGCUAAGACUGCCAUGAACGUCAAUGAGAUCUUCAUGGCUAUAGCCAAGAAGCUACCUAAAAACGAUCCAGCUGGUGGAGCCGGAGCUGUUGGCCGGGCCCGGCAAGGAGUUGACCUGCAGGAAGCCGCUCCACAGGGCAGUGGAGGCAAGUGCUGUCCUUAGGGGAGACUAACACACUGAGCCAACCGGAUCGACGCGCUAAGUAACCUGCAGUACCGAGCGACCAGCUGAAAAACACAUCCCACAGUCAAACAUCAUACAUCAACACCGGGCCCAUCUAGCGAUGAGCAAACCAGCUCACAGGCCAAUCGGCUGUCAUCCCACGACCCCAAGUUUCCAGUGAUCCGACCAAACAGGCAGAUGACACCAUUAUGACCAACGUAACGACCUACAGAACCAACUGUUUUAAAGGAGGACAUAACGGCCCCAUUUAGGGAGAAAAAGAAGAGAUCAAUCGCACUUAACAGACCCGCCUGCUCUUCUUUGUUUCUUUGUAUUUCUGUAAAAAAAAAAAAAA